GGUGUUCUUUUGCGCUGUGUGGGAAAAAAAUUGGGUUUGUUGCAGCAGGUAACUGAUAUGCAGCGACAAUCCGCGCUCCCCGCAGUCGUCGCUUGUAGGUCUGAGGAAGCUGUGCGAUGUUUGCAUCUGAUUUUUUUUUUUUUUCUUUUCUUUUUUUCUAUUUUCCACUGGCGGUCGAGCAACAAGCCAAGCUAAAGGAAACGGAAUGUAGCGUGUAGUCCGAGCCUUCGUGAAGCUGAAAAUGAGGGGUGAUUUCGAAAGAAAAGGGAACAUAUCAAGCACAAGCACAGUUUGAAGUGCGACAAGUGAAACGUUCGCUCUUUGGGUCAUCGCCGAAAUCGCAAUGUCCAAAUCGGAUUCCCCGCCGAGCUACCGUGACUCGACUCCCCUGGUGAUGCACGAUAGCUGCUGCGAGCCCCCACCCUAUGAUUAUGAAAGCCAGCCUCCCCCACCUCUGUACGCCCCCACUCCCGGGUACCACCCCGCUGUUUCCCAGCCCGCCCCCGUGGGGCACCGGUGCGACGUGCUGCCGGGGCCGGGACGCCCUGCGGUGAGCAUGCCGAUGGAUGUGCCCCUGGCCGUUGCCCCACAUGUCUCCUCAGUGGUGAUCAACCCAGAUGACGAAGAGGGGCUCUGCACAAGACGCAGCUGGGAAAGCCUGGAAGUCCGACACACCUUUUUACGGAAAGUUUACCUCAUUCUGGCAACUCAGCUCCUUAUAACCUUGGGCAUCGUGGCUGUUUUCGUGUUUGUCGAACCCGUUCACUUUUUUGUGGUGAGAAACCCAACCGUGUACUACGCAUCAUAUGGAGUGUUACUUACCACCUACGUUGCCCUCCUCUGCUGCGAAGGACCCAGGAGGCGCUACCCGUGGAAUUUCAUCCUGCUCACCAUCUUUACACUUGCCUUGUCCUACAUGACAGGAACAUUAUCAAGUUACUAUGAUACAAAAGCAGUCUUUCUGGCCCUGGGAAUCACUGUGGUAGUGUGUGUCGUCGUUACGCUCUUCAGUUUCCAGACUAAGGUGGAUCUCACUUCAUGCGGAGGUCUUUUGUGUGCCCUCGCCAUCGUUCUCUUUGUUACUAGCAUCGCCGCAGUCAUUGUGCUCUCCCUCAAAUACAUUUUUUGGGUGCACAUGCUGUAUGCUUCCAUCGGAGCCGUCAUUUACACCGUGUUUUUAGCCUACGACACCCAGCUGCUCAUUGGAAAGGGCAAGUACGCCAUCAGCCCGGAGGAGUAUGUAUUUGGAGCUCUCAUGCUCUACAUUGACAUCAUCAUGCUCUUCCUGCGCCUCCUGCAGCUCGUUGGGGCAUCUUCAAAGUAGUAGUGAAAAAGACAACUCGUCAUUCAGGUCACAUAGAGACUUUGUUCCUAUAAACAUGUUCAACAAAUACUUCUUACAGUUUUUCAUGUCAAACUACAUUCCACAGGAUUAUUACACAUUAACAAUGAUGUACAUAUUGGUAUUUUUGACUGAAUCAGACCCCCUCUACGUGAAGCAUUGGAGGUGAUCGCAUCAUGUAAAUCUGUAUGGGAGGAUGUAUUUUGGAGCACGUCUAUUUUCAUCAGCUAAGAGCUUUUCAUAAUAGAAGUCUCUUGUUUUUGAAAACUGUCUAGCAAUUCAAGUAUUUUUGAAAAAUUUUCAUUUUAAGAAUUGCCAUUUUGUGUGCUGCACUUUCUAUUUUAUAUAUACACUUUUUUUUUUAUCCACAGCAAGUUAUUGUAUUUUUUCAAUCUCCUUUUGCUGCCUACCUAUGAUUUUACUUGUUACUUUAAUAUUAAAUAUUCUAAUCUUACUUACCUAGAAUAUAUUGCAUUGCCAUUUACAUUUGACUAUGAAAUUCCAAUUUUAUUAAAAACAUUCAACUAAACUAUGAUUUUACCAGCAUGAUUGAGGGGGAAAAAGGAAACCUGAGGUCAGUGAAUUGUUCAUAUCUUUAAUAAAUGAUGCUACAUCUAAA